GGCAAGGGUUCUCCGCAGCAAAGCACACAGAACUCGCCAGACGUUCAGAGCAAUCAAAUCAGAGCACCCAUCUUAUCAAAGGAUAAUACAAUAUCACCCCAGGAUUUUAACCUCAGCCAAAUCAACCACUUGCUACAAUGGAUCUUAAGCAAUUGUACUCCUGGUUCUGCCUGCUGGUCAGCAUCAUCAUCUGCAAGGUGUCCGAGGCCAAGCCCACCUACUACGACCUGGAUAGCUACGAGACCUACGACACGGACCGCUACGAUGGCUCCUCAUACGCGCUCACCUACGGGAAACCCCUCACGGAUAAUAGGCUCAAGAAGCUGAAUCCGGGCUACUACUAUGUGGACGGUGGCUACAUUGCGCCGGUGGCCGCCAGUGCGGGCUACACCCGCCGCGAGGGAAGCUCCGAGGGCGGCGCCCUGCCCCACAACGUCAAGUUCACGCCCAUUGUGCGCGUCCGGCAGACGAAGACCAAGCGCAAGAAGCUGUUCGUGCCCAACUUCUUCGGCUAGAGAGCUCCUGCGGUCCUCCUGCCGGGACUGAGAGUACAGACUGAGGAUGAUUAGAGUAGGCUUAGCUGUAGAGUUAGUCGCGUGGCUCCCACACCAAAAAGUACCUUGUACCUUGUAUUGUUACCUAUUUUAUACGCGGCCAAAGCGGUGACCAAAUUAUAUAUUUAUAUACCCAAAUCCAAACAAAUAAAAAUACGCAA